AUGAGCCUCUGCUCCACCUCGGUGGCAGGGGCGGAGCUCCGCAGCGGCAGCACCUCCCCCUCGUCUCUGAACUCCAGUGUUUUCUUCAGCGAGACGACGGCGUCUUGUCUCAGAGACCCGCUCGACUUCUUCAUCAUCAAUGUUGGGGGAAGUCGCUACGUGCUGUCACAGGAGCUGCUGGCAUCACACCCGGAGACCCGGCUGGGGAAGCUCGCCUGCUGCGGCCGAGACUCGGCGCUGGAGCUGUGCGACGACGCCGACUUCCUGGAGAACGAGUUCUUCUUUGACCGGAGUUCACAAACUUUCCAGUAUGUGAUGAACUACUACCAGACGGGUCACCUGCACGUGAGGGAGGAGCUGUGUGAGAUCUCCUUCCUGCAGGAGAUCGAGUAUUGGGGCAUCGACGAGCUUCGCAUCAACCCCUGCUGCCGGGAGCGUUACUACCGCCGCAAGGAGCAGAAGGAGUCCCUCGACGUACAGCGGGAGUUCGAGGCCGAGGAGGACGACGAGGACUUCGUGGGUGCCGCCUGCCCUGCUCUUCGUCGCCGCCUUUGGGACUUGCUGGAGAAACCCGAAUCAUCGCGCGCCGCCCGGACCUUCGGCUCGCUCUCGAUCUUCUUCGUGGUGUUGUCGGUCAUCAACAUGGUGCUCAUCUCUCUGGACUUAGGGGAGGACUUUGGAGCGAGCGGUGUCGGGAUCGGAGCACCGAUGCUGUUCGACGCUCUGGAGUACGUGUGCGUGGUGUGGUUCACGGGCGAGCUGACCCUUCGCUUUCUCUGCGUGAGGGAUAAGUGCCGCUUCAGUCGCAGUAUUCCCAACGUGAUCGACCUGCUGGCCAUCCUGCCGUUCUACGUGACGCUGGUGGUGGAGAGCCUCCACGGAGGAAGUACAGAGCUGGAGAACAUGGGCCGCGUGGUGCAGGUCCUCCGACUCCUGAGGUCGCUCCGGAUGUUGAAGCUGGGACGACACUCAACAGGCCUCAAGUCUCUGGGGAUGACCAUCGCUCAGUGCUACGAGGAGGUCGGCCUCCUGCUCCUCUUCCUCGGUGUCGGUAUCUCCAUCUUCGCCACGGUGGUCUUCACCCUGGAGUUCGACCACCCCGCCACCACCUUCACCAGCGUGCCGGCCGCCUGGUGGUGGGCGACCACCUCCAUGACCACGGUGGGCUACGGAGACAUCCGGCCCGACACGGCCCUGGGGAAGGUGCUGGCCUUCCUCUGCAUCCUGUCCGGGAUCCUGAUCCUGGCGCUGCCCAUCGCCAUCAUCAACGAGCGCUUCUCCGCCUGCUACUUCACCCUGAAGAUGAAGGAGGCGGCGAUGCGGCACGGCGAGAUGCUGAAGAGGCUGGCCCGCGGCUCCGUGGGGGGGUCGAGCGUGGGAGGAGGCGUCAACCUGAGGGACGCCUACGCCCGGAGUGUCAUGGAGAUGUUGAGGCUGCACGGGCGAGAGAGGGUCAGCACCCGGAGCAGCGGAGGAGAAGAACUGUGGUGGUAG